AUGUCCGCCCCUAUUCCUGCAUGCUAUUCAGACAUUGGCAAAGCUGCUAGCGAUCUAUUAAACAAGGACUACCCGGUCGCGGUUUUCAAACUUGAAACUAAAAAUACAGCACCCAAUGGUGUGUCUUUUACCCUCUCCGGACAGAAAAACACAAAAACUGGUGACAUAAAUGGUGAAUUUAAAAGCAAGUACCAUUAUCCUAAGAAAGGUAUUACACUCACAGAAACCUGGACGACAAACAACCAUUUAAACGCCCAAGUAGAGCUCGAAAAUAGCCUUGCAAAGGGUUUAAAAUUGGACAUGACCGCACAGUUCCAGCCUAUUACUGGAAAUAAGAAUAUCAAAGGAGGUUUAAUUUUCAAACAACCGGGUUUCCAUACAAAACUCUAUGUCGAUGCCCUUAAGGGACCUACUUUUCAGGGAGACGCUGUGAUUGGUCAUGAAGGAUUCCUUAUGGGUGGUGAAGCGUGUUAUGAGUUUACGGAUGGCAAAGUUACUCGCUACGGCGUUUCUGCAGGCUAUACAGCUCCUGAAUACAAUGUUACUCUCAAAGCAACUGAUUCCAUGUCCGUUUACACCCUUCUAUACUAUCAUCGUGUACAUCCUGAUAUUGAAGCGGGCGCAAAAGCUCAUUGGAAUACCGCUUCAAACAGUGACAGUGUUAACAUGGAAAUUGGUGCUAAAUAUUUUUUAGAUCGUGAUGCAUUUGUAAAAGCUAAAAUUGAUAACAAUGGUCGUUUGGGUCUUGGAUACACGCAAGCUCUCCGUCCAGGAGUUAAGAUCUCUCUUGGUGGUAGCAUUGAUACAUCCAAGUUGGGCGAAAAUAAUCAUCGAUUUGGAGUAUCUCUUAAUUUAGAAUCCUAA